AUGAACUUGCAAAGGGCUGAGUGUCCCCUUUCCCAGCGGCCGCAACGCUGCCCCGGGGACUCGGACAGAGAAGACGAGCCGCUGGAUACCCAACCCGAGGAGGAGGAAGAGGAGGAGGAGGAGGACGAAGAGGAGGGAGAGCGGUACCUGCGGCGGCCCCAGCCCGGUCCUCCGGGGGCGCCGGAGAGCAGCGGCAGCAGCGCCCCGUCGGGGACCAGGGACGGCGCGGACGGCGGGCGCUGCAUCCCAGCCCGGGACGUGCCGGACGAGCUCGGGGAAGGGGGUGCGCCGCCGGCGCCACCGCCGGCGCCGGCCCCCGCGAAGCCGCCCUACUCGUACAUCGCGCUUAUCACCAUGGCCAUACUGCAGAGCCCGCACAAACGGCUCACGCUGAGCGGCAUCUGCGCCUUCAUCAGCGGCCGCUUCCCCUACUACCGCCGCAAGUUCCCGGCCUGGCAGAACAGCAUUCGCCACAACCUCUCCCUGAACGACUGCUUCGUCAAGAUCCCCCGGGAGCCGGGCCACCCGGGCAAGGGCAACUACUGGAGCCUGGACCCGGCCUCCCAGGACAUGUUCGACAACGGCAGCUUCCUGCGCCGCAGAAAGCGCUUCAAGCGCCCGGGUCCGGGCGCGCCGCUGUGCGCGACCCUGCACCCCGCGGCGGCGUCCGCGGGGCUCCUGCUCUGCCCGGCCGCUGCCGCCGCCGCCGCAUCUGCCGCGCCCGUCCCUGCUCGGCUCCGCCCGGGCCCCCUGCUGCAGCCGCACCCGCUGCGCUACAUCUUGCUGACGGCCCCUGCCCGCCCCGCGGCGCCGCCGAGGAAAGGGGACGCUCCGCCCCGGGUACCCGGCGGCACGGCCAAGGGAGUCUCGUUCAGCAUCGACAGCAUCAUGCAGGGAGCCCGGGGAGGAGGCGCGGCGGGGCCCCCAGCGGCCCCGUGGGCUCACUGCCACCUGUGGCACGCCCCGGCCGUGGCCGCCUCCCCGUGGCUACAAGUGUCCGCGGCCGCCCGGACGCUAUUGCAACCGCAGCCGGACGCCGCGAUCGUCUGCUGCCCCAGCAAGAACUCGCUCCUCGGCCGGCCCUUGGCCACUGCACCAUUGGGGUGCCCACCCGGAGCGGGCACGGGGCUGCUCGCUCUGGAGGCUCCCACGGGCGGGGAGGCGAGCGCCCCCGCUUUCUGA